UUUACUCCAAGUGCCUGUGCAAAGGUGAAGGUGAAAGUUGUGUCUCAGUAUAGGCCUGAGGUGUAGAUUGUUCUGUAAAAACGUGUAGAUAUGCACAUAUAGAGACUAUUAGAGUGGUUAUGGAUUUAAAUCAACUAUUUUGAAUGUGAAGUGGAGGACGUGAAGACCAGUAAAGUUAAAAUGGCAGAGUCCAGAGUUCAUAAUCAGUUUAAACUUACCACUAAAAACUAUGUGGAGGCUGAUGUUGGUGAAGAGGUCACCCUCCCCUGUCACCUCUCACCUGAUACCAGUGCUGUUGCCAUGACGAUCAGGUGGUUUAAAGAGACAGAGUGUAUUUACCUGUAUAAGAAUGGCCAGGUGACAGAGAGGAGUGGCUAUGAGGGCAGAGUGAGUCUGAUCACCCAGGAGCUGGAGAGAGGCAACGUGUCUCUGAGGCUGAGAGACAUCAGGAGGUCAGAUAGAGGAGUCUACAUAUGUCAGGUCAUCCAUGGAGAACAGAAGGAGGAGGCUGCAGUGGGUUUAUGGGAGAGAGAAGAGCCCAAAGCUGGUUAUCACUAA